AUGCGAUGCGCGAGCAAGGCCGCCGAGAGCGCGUCCGCACGUCUCUGUGCGGACGCCGAAGCAGAAACAACAGCAACUGAUGUCUCAUCGGUUGCUGAAGCGACCCAGCCUGUGUCACUUGGUGAUGCAGGCGCUGGUCAUGAAGACACUCGUGUCUUCACAGAGUACGAGCUCGGUGUCUCGUACUCUCCUGAUACGGAUGACGGUCCGUAUCGACGGCGAUUGAAUCCAAGCCGCCUGCCAAGCGUGGCAUGGAUGAUGCUAUGCGUCGUAGCAUCUUUGGUUCAUCUGAUGAAUCAGAUGAACCAUCCCCCAAGCAAAGGCGCUCGAGGUCGCGAGACUCGGGCGCUAAUAGUGGUGUCGGUUCUCCUAUGGACACCACUUCACAGCAAGGUGCCAGUACUUCUGUCGGCACGUCGCAGGAAGAGCGGGACCGCAAUGUCUUGCGUCUCGCUCCAGAAAAGAAGGCAUGGAUGCCUCCAAAAUCCGUCAUGGAUCACUUGUCGGCGACGACGAGUGAUCGUUAUCGAACACGAUUUUUCGAUCGUCAAGGAUCCAUCACCUUGA